AAUCAAUCAAUCAAUCAAUCAAUCAAUCAAUCAAUCAAUCAAUCAAUCAAUCAAUCAAAGCUUUAUUUAUGAAGCGCCUUCUGCAACCCUGUCAGGAAGCCCAAGGCGCUGAACAUGGUACAGUAGAAGUACAAAUAUAGUGAAUAAUUCAGAAAUAAAAGCAAUUCAAAUUACAAAAAAAGGUGAAACAUUCUAGUACAGGACAGACGGGUAAAACAAGGUAAAAAGAAAAUGUAAAAAGAAAACUGCAGUAAAAAUCCAUGAAUAAUUAUGUGCAUAUUUAAUUGCUCAUUAUGCAAAUUUAGAGUGGAACACAUGAUGUCCCUUUAUGACAUCACAACAAAGGGACAACGCCUAUAAAUUUGAGCCUUUGAUCCCAGCAGUUCAGUUCUCAGUCAGACGCUGAUAGAGACAGUUGUGUUCGAUAGUUAUUCAACUUAUCGCCAACGUCUUACUUAGCAGUAUGGGCAAUUAUCUUGCACACAAGACUUGCUCUCCAGCUCUGGAUGAAGAUUCAGAGACUUACAUCAGCAUGGAACGACCACAUUUGUCAGAGAAUCAUUGUUUAGUUUCAUCAAAGAAACGAAAAAUGGUUUCAGACCAUGAAGCUCCCACUAAAAGGUUGAAGGUUUCUGAAGAAGACAAACUCUCUGAAAACAACCCUAACAUCAUACAAACGGAGAAAUUCUCAACUAAAUGCAUUUCCUUUGACGGUGAAAAUCCAGAAAAGGGAUGCAGAUGUUUGGUUACUGAGAAUGGAUCGACGUCUGCCAAAAGCAGAAACGUUUGUGAUCGCAAGUCUCUCACAGAAACGUCUAGGAUCUCAGAUGAAGGCUGUUUAUCCACAGACAUGCAGGCUCCAGUAAAAAGGGCCUCAAAGAGGUUAAUCGGCCUGGAUGGUGAGGGAUCUGGAAGUCCAGCAAAGAGACUCAGACCGUUAGCUUCUGAAAGUCCCUCGCCUUCAGCUAAAGAGCUAUUUGACGCAAAAUACGAGCAACAACACCAACUCGGAAAGGGUGGCUGUGGAUCUGUUUAUGGUGGCUACCGCAGGGCAGACAAUUUGCCAGUGGCAGUCAAAUACAUACCGAAGGAAAAUGUCGUCUGGACUGAUACGAACGAGAAUGGCCAGCAGCUCUCUGUUGAGGUAGCCGUCAUGCUAAAACUUCAGAAAGAGGAAACCAGUUCGGUGGGGAAGUCAGCUCCAGUUUCCCUCCUGGACUGGUACGACUUAAACGAAGAACAGAUUCUGGUGUUGGAGAGACCAGUGCCUGCAGUGGACCUGUCACAGUUUAUUGAAAAUAACAAAGGGCCUCUACAGGAGAACCAGGCUAAAACUAUUGUAAAACAGCUGGUUGAUGCUGUCAAACAUCUGGAGGACACCAACAUCUUCCACAGAGACAUCAAACCUCAAAAUAUCCUGAUUGAAACAGGAUCAGAAAUCCCUCAACUGCGAGUGAUUGACUUUGGACUGAGUUGUUUCACCGACAGAGAGUAUGAAGACGGCUGGUUCUACGGCACAGAGAAGCACGCCCCUCCUGAGUACAUUUCUAAAAGCGUUUACGAGGCAGGACCAGCAACCGUGUGGCAGGUGGGGGUUGUUCUCUAUGAAAUGCUUCACCAAAGUUUGUUUGACUCUACAAAAUUUCUCAAAAAUGAACUCAAAAUCAGGACGGAUCUCUCUCCAGACUGUAAGAGACUCCUAAAGAGCUGCUUCAUGAGAACCCCAUGGCGACGUCCCACCUUAAAGCAGCUCCAAACGCACCCUUGGCUUUUAUAAAACGCAGAAACUAAAGUCUUCAAGGUUUCUUCCUGUUAACAGGAGCUUUCCUCUCCGCUGUAGC